UUGACCUCCACACUCCUUCACCCAUUUCAAUAUUACCCAGCACAGCCCCAUUCUCUGGCCAGCUUUUCUGAACGAGAAAAACAAUGAAGAUCUUCAAUUGGGUGCACAAGAGGUUUCACCAUAACUCUCUGAAAGAUGGGUUUGCUUCAAACAUGAAAAAAACUGAACCUGCAAUUAACAACGCGGAUAGUCAAGCUUUGCUGAAACAAGUUGCCCUUACUGAAUCACUUGGUGGAUGGGAAGACGGCAUUCUAACCAUAGGCACUCUUGGCUAUGAUCCCUUGAAGUCUAUGAAUCCUCACAAAGAAUACUUUGCUUUGGAAAUUGAAGUUGAACAAGAAGAUGGUGAAGGAGAGAACGGCAUCAUGGUGGAUGAGGAGGAGGAAAAGUGCUAUAAUGCUGAGCACGAGGAACUGAAUCCAUUGAUGUACAACACGUUUGAGCACAACUUUGAGGAUAUUGUUAGUGAAAACUAUGAUGAUGGAGAUGUGGUGAGGAGUCUGAACGAAAUUGUGGUGGCUCCACCUGUGAUUUGUGAUGAAGUGAUGGAAUCAUACGAUAUGGAGGCUGAUGAAAAGAAGAAGAAAGGAGAGAGGAUCACAUUGGCUGAUCUGUUCUUAGCUGAUUCUGAUGUUAAGAUAAAGCUUAACCCUGCCAAAGUCUGUCACCUUGCUUCAAGUGAAAAACCAAACCUUAAAGCAAAGCAUGGACUCUCUUUUGCCAAGAAGCUCAUUCCCCGCGUUAAGGACAAUCCCCAUCCAAUGAAAGAUAUAAAAAAACUGAUGAAGAAGAUGUUGAAGAGGAAAAUCCACCCUGAUCUUGAUGUUAAGAAUCUCAAACCAGAAGGGGAAGAAGUGAGUGCAGCAGCUUUAAAUGAUAAUCACAUGAAUGAAGGCAAUGACUCAAGUUAUUUCCUUUCAAUUUAAGGUACUAGCUAGUGUUGAGCUGGUGGGAGUAUCAGUGUUUAAUUAUGUGGAAACGUAGAUUUGUUUAUGAUAUAUGUAAGAUUAAAUACUUAGAUUUUGUUCUUGUUUCUUUAUGACCAAUGCAUUGAACCCAUGUGAUUCUGUAAUUUGUGGUAUCCCUUUGCUUCUGUUGGCUUUAGUUUAA